AUGACACCAGAAAAGUUCAGUGCGACGAGAACAAUGGCAACCACCGCAAUGAAAAUUAAUAUACCUCCCCCGGAUGAGGAAGAACAAUUACUGGCCAAGUUUGUGUUCGGUGAUACGACAGAUUUACAGGAAAAUUUAGCUAAAUUCAAUGCCGAUUUUAUUUUCAACGAACAAGAAAUGGACAUUGAAGAUCAAGAAGAUGAAGGUGCCGACUCGGACGACAGUAAUGAUUAUGAGGCACAGAAGGGCAACUUGAAUCAAGUCAACGACGAUCAGUUAUUUUUUGUGGAUGAUGGUGAUAAGGAAGAUGCUCAGAAUAAGAGCGAAGACACCAUGGAUGUGGACGACGAGGAGGAAUCUUCAAGUGAUGAAUACUCUGACUACGAUGGAGAGGCUGCUUGGGUGGAUUCGGAUGAUGAAAGAAUCAAAGUGCCCAUCCUCACCACCAACAAGACCAAGAAACUGAGGACCUCUUAUAACGAAUCUAUAAUUAAUGGUGUUCACUACAUCAAUAGGUUGAGAUCCCAGUUUGAAAAAAUUUACCCAAGACCUAAAUGGGUUGACGAUGAAUCCGAUUCAGAGAUAGAUGACAAAGAAGAUGACGAAGAAGAAGGCUCUACUAAUGUCAUUAAUGGCGAUGUCAAUGCAUUAACGAAGAUCUUGUCCACCACUUACAACUAUAAAGAUACACCAUCGAAUUCCAAAUUAUUGCCCCCCAGGAAACUGGACAUUUUACGUCUUAAAGACGCGAAUGCAUCCCAUGCAUCCCAUUCCGCUAUACAGUCUCUUUCAUUCCAUCCGUCGAAGCCCUUACUGUUGACAGGUGGGUAUGACAAGACUCUAAGGAUCUAUCAUAUUGACGGGAAAACAAACCAUUUGGUGACAAGUUUACAUCUGGUUGGAUCUCCGAUACAAACAUGUACCUUUUAUACCACUCUGUCAAAUCAAAAUGAACAAAAGAUAUUUGCUGCCGGUAGAAGAAGGUACAUGCACUCUUGGGACCUAUCGUUAGAAAGCCUAACUCAUUCACAAACCGCUAAGAUCGAGAAGUUCUCGAGAUUAUAUGGACAUGAAUCCACUCAAAGAUCUUUUGAAAAUUUCAAAUUGGCACAUUUACAAAACGCACAGACCAGUUCUACCCACGGUAUUAUUCUCUUACAAGGUAAUAAUGGUUGGGUCAACAUCUUACAUGCUACUUCCGGACUAUGGUUGAUGGGCUGUAAGAUAGAAGGUGUGAUAACUGAUUUCUGCAUCGAUUAUCAACCAAUUUCGCACAAUACAUUUAGAACUAUUCUAAUCGCUGUAAAUACGUACGGUGAGGUGUGGGAGUUCAACCUGAAUAAGAAUGGCCAUGUCAUGAGAAGGUGGAAGGAUCAGGGCGGUAUGGGUAUAACAAAGAUUCAAGUCGGCGGUGGCACCACUGCUAUUUCUCCAGCUCGCUCAAUAAGUAGAGUAAAGCAAAACAGGUGGCUAGCGGUGGGUAGCGAGAGUGGGUUUGUCAAUCUAUAUGACAGAAACAACACCACGAAUUUGUCGACCCCUACACCCAUCGCUGCUUUGGACCAGCUGACAACUACCAUUUCUAAUCUCCAGUUUUCCCCCGAUGGUCAAAUCCUAUGCAUGGCAUCCCGCGCAGUCAAAGAUGCAUUAAGACUAGUCCAUUUACCCUCUUGUACUGUGUUCAGUAAUUGGCCCACCAGCGGUACGCCCUUGGGUAAAGUUACUGGCGUCACAUUUUCGCCAUCUGGUGAACUGCUGGCCGUGGGUAAUGAACAAGGUAAAGUAAGACUCUGGAAACUAAACCACUACUGA